CCCGCCCUGAACCUGUUCGGUCUUCAGUCACAGCGAUGGAGUCGACCGAAACGGAUUAUCAGGCGGCUGCAAGGUACAAAUCCGAAUACGGAAAACGAGGCGUUUCGUUCACCCCCGAACAGGUCUCGACAGUGUGCGAUGCCCUUCAUCAAUCCGGCGAUUGUGAAAAACUGGCCAGGUUCCUCUGGUCUCUUCCGCCCAACGAACUCCUCCGUGGGCACGAAGCGGUACUCAGGGCGAGAGCUCUGGUCGCCUACCACCGGGGGGCUUUUCACGAGCUUUACGCCAUCCUGGAAAGCCAUGGAUUCGAUGCGAGGUAUCACACGGAGCUUCAGCAGAUGUGGUACCGAGCGCACUACAGGGAAGCGGAAAAGAUUCGUGGCCGGCCGUUGGGGGCGGUGGACAAAUACAGGCUGAGGAAAAAAUACCCGUUGCCAAAGACGAUCUGGGACGGGGAAGAGACGGUAUACUGCUUCAAGGAAAAAUCGAGAACCGCUCUUAAAGAAUGCUACGAGAGGAAUAGAUAUCCGACGCCAGACGAGAAGAGGGCCCUAGCAAAAAGAACAGGACUUACUCUAACGCAAGUUAGCAAUUGGUUCAAAAACAGAAGACAAAGGGAUAGGACACCUCAGCACAGAAGAUAUGAUGAAAUGGUGUACAGUCCUGGGACACCAGACAUGCAUCGGAAUCAAAGCGACAUGCUGAUGUCGAGUGAUGUAAGCAGUCUCUUGAGCUCGUCGUCCAGCCUCGACAUGCCGGAUUUGAAGCAAUUUUCCUACCAGAGUCUCAAGAGGACGGACGGCCUCAAGAGUGAUGUCGGCAUGAUGCCAUACCACCAGGCGUACCAGAACUACGAGCAGUUGUUACAUCAAGCUCACUAGUCAAGGCUUUUUAAACGAGCUCAAAAAGCGAAAUAGGCUGUGGUAAUACCUUUCAUUUUAAGUCUGAAAAACUUCCGCUCGGUCUCACACACGGCGAGUCUGCUAGUGAAAAUGUAUUCGGCCGAGAGAUCCUUCGCUUAGAUUCCUAACUUCAACAACCAAAGAGACAUUCGUCUGAGCUAGGGCCAAAUUAGUGCACUUCUCGCGUGCAUAAGAUUAGAUGUUUAAGUAUUAAUUUUUUCAAUGUUAUUGAUGUUAUAGAGUCUCAAAAUGUUCCACCAGUUAAAUGUAUGAAUUUAAUUACGAUUUGAUUUUUAAGCUGAUAUUUCGAAUGAACCGAAUGGAUUUCAAAGAUAAAAGUACAAAGAUAAAAUCUGUGAAUGGAAGAUGAAAAAGAAGAUGAAAGACGAUAAAAACAUCAAGUUCUAUCGAAAUCGAGAUGACAAUUAAGAAAUAAGUACCGGUAGUCUUUGAAAUGUAAUGGAGGGAUGAAACGGGUGAGAUCGGAUGGUGAGCUAAUUCUGCUCAACACUAACUUUUCUCAGCCCGUAUCUAGUCUCUCAUGUUACUAGCAGAUCGACACAUUUAUUUUUGUCAUUGGUCAGACUAUUAAAUGCACUAUUUACGUUACAAGCACGUUAAAAAACUUUAAAUUCACGUCGAGUUGUAAUAAUGUAAUAAUAAAUAAUGCAUUAUAUAAAAGUAAACUUACUAUGAAAUUUUUAUAUAAUGAACAGAUUUUUAAUUUAGAAUAGAACGUAAAUAUUAUUUUUAGAGUACAAAAACAUUAUACACCGGAUAAAAAACAAAUGCGCAAAAUAAUUUUGCUAGUUUGUUACCAUCAAAUGUUUAUUUAAUUUUAAUCAAAUUUAUUUUUAAUAGGUUCAACGCGAUAGUUUGAUUAAAUGUCACAUUCAGUUUUUUUUAGAAUCAAUUUAACAGUAUGCAUUCUACAUCAAAUAAGAUAGGUACGUUGAAAGGUCAUUUUUCUCUCUCAAGUUCAUAAAUUUUGUUUUCCCACAAUUUGCCAAAUUAUUUCAACAGAUGACUUCGUGCAGUUGUCAAAUUCUCUGUACGAAAACGUCCGUCAAUGAUAACAUCUUGGAAUCAGCCAAUGUCGAAGAAUUUAUCGCUGCUCGUAAAGAUUCCAGGUGUAGGCAUCCCGAGAUCCUCGGACUCAAUCAGACCCAUAAAGUUUAACGUCACUUUCAUCCUCUUUUUUCUCGACCUUAUUCGGAUAAAUGUCUAAUCCAAUUAAGAGAUAUCAGCUUAAUUUUAUUAUGAUUAUUUUUACGUGCGCAUUGUGAUUUUAGGCGUACUAUAAGUUAAGGAGGCCAUUAAGAAAAAUGAAUCCAAGCAAUAUUCUUCUUGUAAACGAUGAAUUUUUACACACUUCUUUUGUCAAUUGACAUCGUGUAGUGAUAUUGUUUGUGUUCAAAGUGCAAUUUACCUGCUUACUAAUUUCCUGAUUUAAUUGAUAAUAUUUUAUUUGCCUUUUAAGCUCAAACCUUGAUCAAAGGCUGUAUUUAAAACAUUUCUUAUAUUGUAUAUAAUAUUGUUGAUAGCAUUAUAAAAAAAAUCUAAUUGAAAUUUUCAAAAAUGUACAUAACCAAUCAUUUGUAAAUAGAAAUUUAAAAGUAAAUACAAAAGUUACCAUAUUAUGUUCAUCUACGGACAUGCUUGCCCUAUUGAUGUAUUGAUUUUAAUAGUCCAACUGUUUUCUUUUUCCUACACUAAUUAUAUUUAUAAAAUAUUGUAGAUCCCCCAAGAAUACUAUCGCGAUUACUGAUUUUAAACAUUAACUAAAAAGAUGUAUGACUAUUUUCUAAAGGCAAUAUUUGCUUUUUACAAUAUGUAGAUUGUUUUAUAGAAAUACACACUAUGAAAAUGUUGUUUUUUGGAAUUACUUUCAAUCAACCCUAGGUACUUUUUCAAUUACUUUUAUGGAGUUUUUAAUUACUUGUGAUUUUCACAAAGUAU